AGGAGGAGGACGCGGUCUCUCGGGUCUUUCUUUCUCUUCUUCCCUAUUCUCUCCUCUUGGCGAUCAUCGCGGCGCCCGCGACGCUUCUUCUUCUUCUUCUUCCCUUGCGCCGAUCUUCCCCGGCCUAGGUCUUGAUCUUCAAUGCGGUUGCUCCUCCUUGUUUCUUUCUUCUACCUGGAUGAGAUUUCUGGGGCAGCGCAUCAUCGCGGCAGGGAUUGUAGGCCGCAGCUGGAGCGCGCUUGGCGUUUUCCCGGAUUCUUGCGGCGGGUGCGUCAUCGUCAUGCUGAUUCACGGCGCUAGGGACAAGAAGAAGAUCGUCGGCGCAUUCGCUAGGAGCUCCGCGCGAUCCAGCGGCAUCGGCAGAGAGAUUUCGUGCUGCCGGGGGUGAGAUUUCGCGAUCCGAUGUUCCGGCGCUCAUACCGCAUUGCCGGAUGUCUUGUUGCCGCUUGUUGGAUCGUCGCGACAGUCUGUGGCGCCAGCUCUGUCGGAGUGUGCUAUGGAAGAAAUGGGGAUAAUCUUCCUCCUCCACAAGUGGCCGUGCAGCUCAUCCAGGCGCAAUCGAUCACCAAGGUCAGGAUCUUCUCCUACGAUGCCGAGACUCUCCAGGCAUUCGCAAACACACAGAUCGAGCUCGUCAUCGGCACCACAAACGCACAGGUUGUGGAUUUCGGGCAGUCCCAGGGCGACGCUGCCGACUGGGUGACACGAAACGUAGCGGCAGCUCUUCCGGCCACCAAGAUCGUUGCCAUUGCCGUUGGCUCGGAGGUGAUCACGAGCGCUCCAAAUGCCGCUGGCUAUCUGGUUGCAGCCAUGACCAACAUCUACUCGGCUCUCCAGCAAGCCGGGAUAGACAAACAGGUGAAAGUCUCGACGCCACUCUCCAUGGGUGUUCUUGGGACGUCGUUUCCGCCAUCGUCGGCCACUUUCGAUCCCAGGUUCUCGGCGGUGAUGCAAUCGUUGCUCGAGUUUCUCAGCCGGACUGGAUCAUACUUGAUGGCCAACGUCUAUCCUUACUACGCGUACCGGAACGACAUGAGAUACAUCUCCUCCGACUUUGCACUCUUCCGGCCAAACCAAGGCUUCACGGACUCCAACUCGGGCCUCCACUACUGGAACCUCUUCGACGCUCAGCUCGACGCGCUCUACUACGCAAUGGCCGCGUACAACCACCGGGAGAUCCUUAUAGUUGUGAGCGAGACCGGGUGGCCGUCCAUGGGUAAUGCGGACGAGGUGAACGUCGUCAACCUCGACAAUGCUGCUUCCUACAAUGGGAAUCUCAUCAAGCACUUGAGCAAUGGGAGUGGCACUCCAUUCCGGCCGGGGAUCACAACGGAUACUUACAUUUUCGAGCUUUUCAACGAGGACUUGAGGGAGGGCCCGACUUCCAACAGGAACUGGGGUCUUUUCAAGCCGGAUGGGACCAAAGUGUACAACAUUGAUUUUGGUAACAGUAUUGUGGUUCAGCGGAACCGGAGCUUUUGCGUCGCAAAUCCGAAUGCCAGCUUCACAGACUUACAGAUUGCGCUGGACUGGGCCUGCGGACCAGGCCAUGCCGAUUGCCAGGCUAUUCAACCGGGCCAGUCCUGCUAUCUUCCCGACACGGUUGCUUCACACGCAUCGUAUGCGUUUAACAGCUACUUCCAGAGCAACGGGAUGGAUCCCAGUGCUUGCGACUUCUCAGGAGCAGCAGCCGUCACGAUUGCCGAUCCGACCUACGGCUCGUGUAUCUACAAAGGAAGCUUAAUGCCUGGAAAAGCAUUGUCCGCUCGCGAUCCUCGGCUUUUGCUCCCACUCGCUGCAAUACUAUUCACCAAAUUUUGUCUACUCUGAGAGUUCCCUCGGAGAUUGCGUGCUUUGCUAGCUCGCCAGGGAAGAUAAGCCUCACCAAGGGUUGGACCUCGUCUUGGAUUUCGCAGCUCUGGAUGGUGGCCUUGUUACUGUCUCUACCCGGCCUCGGUGGACAGCCGCCCGAACAUAUCAUGGACCAAGCUGUUCAUGAUGUUCAUGGCUUUGAUCGAGAUGCUUAUGUUCUGGUGAACUUGCUUGUAGAUGUAGAUCUUGUAGGAGUCAUUCUAAAGUUCUUCUUAAAGCUGUGCUAGCUAGACAACACAACCAGAAGAACGCAAUCACCAUUUCAGUUUGCUUACGAGAUUAAGCAGACUUGCAGGACGAUCGUUAUAGAUAUUAUAAACACUGGCGGGAUAACCGGCCAUGCCAUUUCAGCUGACAACACUACUGCUAGCACUUCGGUGCGAGAAGCGACCACUUCAGCUGACAACAACACUGUUAGCGAUUGAUGUUGUGAUCAGCAAACACAGUUUUUCUUCAUUGACGGUGUAACACAAUAGCAAAUUGAUCGUUAGGUCAUUGGACGGGCAGAAACCACUGCUAGAGAACUGGAAAGUUUCUGAAGAUCGCGCACGGACUCGAAGUUCGCGAGUGUUUUAACAUGCCAUCUGUGCCCUAAUAAAACACGUCGGUAUGUGACGUGGUUAGAGGAGAGCGCGACACGUAAGCGGGAGCCCAAAGGCGCAGAAUCAGAGGUCUGGGCAAAAGAAAAUCAUACCAGCUGAUAUUUUAGUUUUUAACUGAUAUUGGGACCACGUGUCCCAACGCUACUAUC